AUGUGCCUUCAUGAUGAUCAACUAAAUCAAGUUAACCCAAUGGACAGUUUCGGGGGCCAUCAUAGUUUUUUUAAACUAUGCCGGCUCAUGCCUGAUCCGACAGAAACCUCUAGGCGGACAAUGAAGGUUGAUUGCAUUCAAGACUCUCGCUCGCUCAAGAUGAGCUCCAACAGUAGAAUUUCUUCUUCUACAUGUUCCAAAAAGCAUUUGGCCAGCGGGACGUUCGAAGGAGGCUUAUUGAUACAUAAUAUAGAAAACCCGGACGAACAUAUCUUGAUCGCUGAGCGUCUGCUUACAAAGUCUUCAGAUGGGAUCACUAACUGUCUAGCAUUCAACGGUGAUAGCAGCCAUUUAUUCAUUGCAUCUAAUGAUCUUACAACAAGAGUGAUGGACCUUGAGAAGACAAAGGUAGUUUUCAAGGCUAACACUCCAUUUGCAGUUAAUGCCUUGUCUGUUAACCCGAAAAACUCAAAUGUCGCAGUGAUAGUGGGUGAUAAUGUAGAUGCGUUCAUCGUGGACUACAGAUUUCAACCACGAAAUUCGCUCGAUUCAUCACUUGUAUUGUCAGGACAUAAAGACUACAGUUUCUGUUGUGACUGGAGCCAGGCAGACGACAACCUUUUGAUUUCAGGCAAUCAAGACGGUACCAUGAGACUUUGGGAUAAUCGAAAGACCGGAGACAGCGUGUACUGCUGGAACAGUGCAUUAGGGUCUCCAAUCUAUGAUAUCAACAGCUCAGCUUUGGGAGGGCCAGUGAGAAACUGUAAGUUCAGCCAGAGCGGUAGCUAUGUGGUAUGGGCCGAAACACUUGAUCAUGUCGGAGUAGUACCAGUCGAAGAAUUGAGAUCUGGUCUUGUUACGAAGCACCUCAAUGUCCAAUCAAUAGAUUUCAUUGGAAAAUGCAUUGGACUCAAUACUUGCGCAAUGGAUGGUCACGACGAGAAGCUCGUGAUCGGAGUGAACGAUCACCCGUUAGGGGGAAUUCUCACAUACAAUUUAGAGACACCCCAGAAAUUGCCUCAGUUUGAUUUCGCUUUUUAA